ACAAACACCGCAGUCCUCAGCUAAACCUCACUGCUGGAGGCUUAAUGUUUAUGGGCCUGCCUCCUCGCUCCUUUUUCAUCCACUGCACAGCUCUGUAUGACACCAAACAACAGUCUAGCGCUCUCUCGUCUGCUUCCUCAGUGACUCUUGCCACAGCUGCUGUCUCUCUGAUUUUGUUUCCAAGUACCCUUGAAACAAAGCAUUACCAUAGCAACAGCCCCGGCUGCUCCCUAGAUAAGGAGGGCAGGAGCACACAGCAGCCGCAGUGAAGAAAGUUCCUUCUUCAGUGAGUGCUGACCCUGUAUCACACCCAUCCCAGAGCCUUUCACCGGUCGCUUCAAGAAAGAAAAACUUUUCAAUGAUGUCAACUGAAUAUGUGCAACCACUUGAUAUCCCAGAAGACAGAUUGGACAAGCGAGACUCACACUGCAACCGUUUAGCUAGGUAUUUUUUUCCCCCCCACGCAGAUGACCUUUCAGAACAGUUGAUUAAGAAUUGUGACCUCAAAAAGAAACCAAGAAAGGGUAAAAAUAUCCAGGCUUCCCAGAACAGCGAGCUGGAACAGAAAAAGCCGAGGAGAAAAGAUACACCUGCAUUACACACCCCACCACCUAUACCAGGCAUGCUCUCAGACUUUUCAGAACAUUUAAUUAAAAGGUGUGACAUCGCAAAAAAACCACAGACGGGCAAAGUGAGUUCAGUCUCUCAGCUUACUGAUCAGGAACAGAAAAAACCCAGGAGAAAAGAUACACCUGCAAUACACAUCCCACCCCUUAUACCAGGUACUAACAUGCUUAAAGAAGAAAAGCAGACAGUGAUUGUGGAAGAUGAUGAAAAGGAUGGAGAAAAAACCCUUAUUUAAGAUUAUUGAGAUCUCCAAAACUUUUGUAAAUAAUUCCAGAUCAUUCAAAAUGGUAUAACAAAGCCCAUUUGUUUUUAUAAAUAAUUUUUGAAAGCAUGCACUGCAUUUAAGCUAGUACCAAAUGCUUAUCUGUAACUCAUGGAGGUCAUGGCUAGCAUUGGAAAAGAUGAAAGUAAAUAGACUUGUGGUUAGGGUUGGAAGAAAUAUCUUGUAUUAUCUAGACCUACCAUGCAGAUCCCAUUGAAGACACAUUUUUUUGGCCAUCUCUAACAGUGGCCACAAGGGAUGCCAGCUAGCCAUUAUAGCUAACACCACGUAACAGGGUGGGACAGUGUGGGAUACCCACUAACUAAUGACAGGCUUCUCUUGUAAGAAGAGAGCUGCUGUAGGUCUACCCCACAGAAGGACAGCACCAGACAGAAGUAGGCCAGCUUCUACACCACCCCCAUUUUUCCCCAUGGUUGUGAAAAUUUGGCUAAAGAUUUUAGUGUGUGCUUGUGUCCUGAUUCUGUAUUUCAUUACCCCAGCUUUACUCUGGUGGAAUAUCAGUGACUGAGGUAAAGUUACACGAGCAUAAAAGUGAACAAUCAAAUCCAUAGAUCCUAAAAUUGAAUCCAAACGGCUCUUGCAUGUACAGUAUAAGUUCAGUACCCAUAUUUGUAAUUUUCUCCUUUGUUAUAACCUGUGAGUUUGCUCUAAUACCAAAAAUUAGAACCUCAUAAGAGCCAUCAACUUUGAAACCUUAACUAUUACAAAGCACACUGCUAUCAGCAAAGAAGCUUCCUAAAAGUGCAACAUUUGUAAUUUAUACUGGUAUGUAUUAUUGAAUUUUUAGUGUCAACGUUCUUUUUCCAAAGUUGGUAGAAUAUGAACUAGUUGGGUAGCUGAUCUUUUAAUCUGCAUGUUUUCUUUUGGUAAGUGCUUUUAAUUCAAACCUAGCCUGUUAGGAGGUGCUGUUAAGAUUAAAAAUCCUUGUUGGAGAAUGAGAUAAUCGUACACAAUAAUGUUUUCGCUAUAUUAUGUGGUAACAGUUAUUUACAACUUAAUUCAUACAAAAUGUCUCAUAGUGCAUCACAGACAAUUACGUUCGAUAUAGUUCAAACAAAUAGAACUAAGUACCUAAAGAAUGUGACACAAAACAGAUGGUCUGAGUGUAAAAACUGGGUGUUCUCAUGGUUGUUCCUACUAGUCAGGUAUCCACCCGUACAAAGCUCCAACGCUACUAACAUCAAUCUGUCCUUUAUUGAGUCCUUGACAAUCUCAGCAGAGAGGUCAACGACUGUGUAGCCUGGCAGACUGAAUUCAAUUAUCCUUUUAAUGUCCAACAUGCUUACCUCUUUAAGAGGGCUGAGGAACACUGGCUGCAAGGAAUCUUACAACAUAGCUACUUCUGCUGUACCUGAAACUUCUUCAGUUUCCAAAGCUAUUGAUCCAGCAACAUUCACAAGCAUUCAAUUAAUUAAUAAAUAUUUAGAGGCAAUGUAUACCUUGUAUGGUAAAUCAAUGACAAUACCAUAAAAAUUACAUGGCAAAACUUG